AUGACAAAGUGUGUGGAUGGUACAUUUGGCGACAACUGUGGAAGUAAGUGUGGCCAUUGCAUAAAUGGAUCAACAACGUGUCACCACAUUGAUGGAUCAUGCAGAUCUGGCUGUUCGCCUGGAUACAAGGUCGAUACGUGUAUUGAAGUUUGUGAUCCAGGGAAAUAUGGCUCGCAAUGUAGCAGUAUUUGUGGACGCUGUUCCAACGGGGCACCAUGUCACCAUAUCAAUGGCACGUGUUUGACCGGGUGUGCUGCCGGUAAACAGGGCAACACAUGUGAUACAGAUUGUACCCCUGGUAUGUAUGGUCCGAACUGUGAAAACACGUGUGGUGACUGUAAGGGAGGUCCACGUACGUGUAAUAUUACCGACGGGUCGUGUCCUGGCGGAUGUGCAGCGGGAUGGCAGGGAACACUUUGUGAAACUGCGUGUGAAGAAGGACGCUAUGGAGUUAAAUGUGCUGAGCAGUGUGGAAAAUGUCGUGAUGGACAGACCUGUAACCGGUUUAACGGAACAUGUGAGAACGGCUGUAGUCCUGGCUGGAAAGAAUCCGACUGUAAACAGAAUUGUUCUUUUGGAUGGUACGGGGACGCCUGUCGGGAGGAGUGUGGUAGCUGUGCAGGAGGCAAAAAUUGUGAUCAUGUCGACGGACGAUGCCCCAAAGAUGGACAAACUUAUCGGUGUGAUCCUGGAUUGAAAGGGGAAACGUGCAAAAUUGUUUGUAGUAGCACUGAAUAUGGACCUGACUGUAGGCAGGUAUGCGGACAGUGUUCUAACUCCUCGUGCGAAUCUGUGUCCGGUAACUGUACUGAGGGAUGUACCGAGGGAUGGUCCGGUGUCUUGUGUACAGAGAAGCUUAAUCCUCCCGACCCGCCGUUCGCACCUCCUGGAGGUCUCGUUGGUGGUAUUGCGGGGACAGUUGUAGCAAUAAUAUUCCUUGUAAUCGUUGUGGUUGUAGUAAUAAACAGAAGAAACCAAAAGCCGUUAUCCACUCCAGAACAACCGACCAGUGAUCGAGAGAACGGUGUCCUAUAUGAAAACAUGGCAGCAAACACACACGUGACUGAUACAGCUAACAAUACAGAUCACAUGAUGUACGAAAACGUUGGCAAUAUCAGUCGGAAUGACGAACAUCAGAGCGGACUACUGACGGAAAACCUACUCCAAGAAAUCAUUAGAAAAGAAGAAUGUAAUGAGUUUGAAAUGGACUUCAAGGGAUUUCUGACUGGUAACCAGUUUCCGUGUGAAGAAGCCACCAAAGCGAACAACAAAAGCAGGAAUAGAUACAAGACUACAUUCCCAUACGAUCAUUCAAGAGUACAGCUAGACGGAGACCAAAGUUACAUCAAUGCUAACUUUAUCAAGGAUCUUGACGGGACAAACGCGUAUGUAGCAACACAAGGUCCGAAAAUGAACACUCUUGGAGACUUCUGGAAAAUGGUCUGGCAACUUAAGACGGGGAAAAUCGUAAUGCUUGCAAAAUGCGUUGAAUUGGGAAAGCCAAAAGUUGAAAAGUACUGGCCUGAUGCUGGGUCUUCGAUUUCACAUGAUGGUAUGAAGAUAAGUUUUAUAUCUUCAAAAGAAUACGCAGCCUACACAGUUCGGAAGUUGAAGCUAGAAAAUGAAAAUACACAGAAGACCAGAGUAAUCAGUCAGUUUCAUCUCCUCAAGUGGCCAGACCAUGGAACACCAGACGUCAUGCAUUUUGCACUCCUGUUGCUCCAUAUGGAUUCUGUGAAUUCCAAGCUGUCCGGACCAAUAGUUGUACACUGCAGUGCUGGUGUAGGACGCACAGGGACAUUCAUAGCAUCAGACGUGUUGUUCAGACAUGGCAAAUCCACUGGUCGGGUGGACCCCCCUGCUUACGUACAGAGCAUGAGACAGGACAGGAUGGACAUGGUGCAGACAAAACCACAGUAUGUGUUUAUAUAUCAUGCCCUGGUGGAGCUCUUUCUCAUUGACAACACCAAACUGACCGCUGGCGACUUCGAUUCUAAUUGCCUGAAAUCCUCUCGUCUCCUUCAGGAAUAUAAGGUUAGUGACAUUUUGUUUGUACUAGUUGAAAACAUAACCAGCUUCUGAGUUUCGAACAACAAACAAACGAAAUUCAAAGCUGAACAAAUUAUUCGAUUUAAAUUGAAACAAAUCAAACCAAGUUGAAAACAUCAUUAAACAUUAAAUGAGUAAGGAAUACUUAUAGAAAUGUUCGAAUUUAACAACUUGCCUUGUUUUUAGGGUUGUCAGCGGUUAGCCGGUUAACCGUUUACUCGGUUAGAAGACCGCGAUCCGGUUAAUUAAAUCGAUAACAGAAUAGUAGGACAUGUAUUUACUCUAUGGGAAGCUUCAUGUUUACCAAUUAAGCCGAAAUCGAAUUUCUUUUUUAUAAAAACAGUGUCCAUAUUGCACUGUAACGGUGUCGUGUUUGUGCUUGGUAGGACAUCCUGACAAAGAGAUACCGACAACUCAUUCGAAACAGAUUUCUAAAAGCAGCCAGAAUGUAUAGUUGCGAAAUGCCAACUUUUCGAUGUAAAACUCGCUUUCAGUGUGAGAAAAAUAAAUCUCAAGAGUACACAUUUAUAUGAUAUAUGUCAGUGAAACGUUAAAAGAGUUGCAAUCAUCUAUUAUUGUAUCCCACUUUAUCUUGAUAAAUGUUGAUACUAAAUUAUACUUCACCCUUGUAUUUUCUGCGUUUUGUUGAUGAGGGCUUGAUGAUAAUAUGUUAUACUUUUGAAUGGAAGAAUUGCUAAAAAUACAAUGUACAGUUGUGGGAUCGCACAACGUUACACGAUGUGCGGUGCGUGCAAA